CGAGAGGUUGACCUUGGGCGAGCGCCAUGAAUUCUCUGCUCCAACAGCACAGGUGGGGUGGGGUCUCUCCUGCGGCGGCGGCGGUGAGGAGGAGGCCGCCCGGUGCGGUGGUGUUGGGAGGUGGGAGGAGAUGCCGGUGGGGUGGGGUGGUGGCGGCGGCGGGGGCGGGGGAGUGGAUGGAGGAGGCGGCGGUGCUGGAGGAAGGGGCCAGGAGGAACCCGGCGGUGUCGGACUCGUACCGGCCGGAGGGGAUGGCCCGGCCGAACGGGACGGUGCUGGAGGCGCAGGGGCGGGUGUGCACGGGGCCCGAGCAGACGCGCCCGCUCGGGGAGGAGCAGGCCAUGCGCGUCCUCGACACCAUCCUCCGCUCCGCAAUGGGAGAACUCAAAGAUGAGCCAGUGUCCAGCGCACAGCUGGGUGCAUUCUUUGCUGGCAUGACAAUAAGAGCUAACUCCUUUCCCGAGGCCACCCAAUGGAGCGAGGGCGAGCGACGUGCCAUGAGCUUAUUUUGGCCACGCCUCGUCCAUGUUCUUCCUCCAGAGGUGAAGUUUAUAGCAGACCCCGAAGGAACGAUCAUGGGAGCAAAUUGUUUAACAGGCCCUCGAUAUAUUGGUGAAGGCACUGCAGAGAUGAGACUUGUUGGUGCCUUGAGGGAAGUGCUCGCUGGCGGCCAUUUAGGUUACGAGGAAGUUCAGUGUGUACUGAAGGAUGUUCUACCAGUUGGGUCUGUUAGUGCAAAUUCAGUUAGUGAAGCACUGCUGGCAGCAUUUUUGAUUGGACAGCGGAUGAAUAGGGAAAAUGACCGUGAGCUAAAAGGAUAUUGUCUAGCUUUUGAUGAUGAACUAGGUCCUCCCCCAAUUGCUGACGUUGAUUCCUUGACACACUACGGUGAGCCCUAUGAUGGGAAUACACGCUUCUUUAGGAGUACUCUGUUUGUUGCAGCUGUUAGAGCCUGCUAUGGCGAGUCUUGCCUCCUCCACGGUGUUGAAUGGAUGCCACCAAAGGGUGGCAUAACAGAAGGGCAGAUGCUUAAAUUCAUGGGUGCAAACACACACUUGUCUCCAACACAGGCCAAAACACUAUUGGAGGAUGAAAGUGCUGGUUUUGCAUAUCUGAAUCUCCAAGAAGCUUGCCCUUCAUUAUAUUCGAUUAUUGGGCUCCGGGAGCAUAUAAAAAAAAGACCACCUUUGGCUACCUCCGAGAAAGUCCAACAAUUUGUGAGAGCCCGGGGAAGAGAAUCAAUGGUUGCUGGAUUUUAUCAUGUGGGCUAUGAAGAUCCAAUGCUUAUGCUUAUGAGAAGGAGAACUGUUCAUGCUGGGUUAGUUGUAAAGGGUGAGGAGGGUGCACUUUCUUUGACAACCAAGGAAAGAUCGGCUCAUGCAUCAAAAGGGAUUCCAGUGAACCAUUGCUCAGGGUUCAGGACACCAAACAGCGUACAUUUCUCCGAGACUGACGGUAUUUCUAGAGAAAGCUUCAGGGUUGCUGUCAAUGCUCAGGAACUUGGUUUCAAAUCCACUGAAACUCCAAGAACUGAUAGAUCGGUCCUGAAAAACUUGGAGCUGGGAUUGGCAGCACUGAGUGGGGAGAAAGGGCCUGCAUACGACCGAAUAGUUCUUAAUGCAGCUAUGGUCGACCACUUGUUAGGCUGUAACGGAGCUGAGGAUAUCAACUCCGCGCUGGGCAGGGCAAGAGAAGCCAUUGACAGCGGUAAUGCUCUGAGAAGGCUCAUGAAUUACAUCAAGAUCUCGCACAAAGUGUCCAACUCGUCGUGACCAAGUUCUGGCUGUACAGUUUUGGUUCCAAAUAUACUUCUGCCUUUUCAAGCGAGAAAUUUCCUUUGCUGCUACUGGAAAAUUUUGUAACCCCUCCUUGCGUCACUACUGAAAAAAGGUGGGUCCAGGACCCACAUGCCAUUGACACAAGCGAUGAAGAAGGUAUCACCGGUGGCAAAAUAGAGAGUAGUGCCUCUUUCAGGUUGUUCAGUUAACACGGAGAAGAGGAUAUUGUGUCCUCGCAACACCUUGUCAGUAAAAUUAACCGAAACAAACCACAGCUUGUUGAAAUUUUUAUUGAUGUUUAAAAUCUUUUGCCAGUCAUGUUCUGAGUACCUGACGGUGCUUGUAAAAUAUAUUUCGCUGCAAACUGUGUUGCUGAAAAAGAGGAGUAUGUUCCAAGGCCA